GCUUUGCAAACAAAUAUCAACAUCGACUGUGAUUUAUACUUGUGUCCUUGUCUAGAUGUCGUUUCGAGGUCGUGGUGGGGGAGGAGGUGGUCGAGGUUUUAGAGGAGGCGGAGGAGGAAGAGGUGGCCGGGGUGGAGGCCGUGGGGGUUUUAGGGGUGGAGGAGGGGGAGGAGGCAGAUAUUACGAUCAGGGACCUCCAGAAGAAGUUGUAGAAAUGGGCUUUUUCACCCACCCUUGUGAAGAUGACCUUGUGUGCAAAUCGACCAAUGAAAAGAUUCCUUACUUUAAUGCACCGAUAUUCCUAGAUAACAAACAACAGAUUGGCAAAGUGGAUGAAAUUUUUGGUCAAAUCAAAGAAGUUUAUUUUUCAGUGAAGCUUUCUGGUGACAUGAAAGCAAGUUCUUUUAACAAGAGUACAAAAUUUUUUAUUGAUCCACAAAAGUUGCUCCCACUACAGCGGUUUCUGCCAAGGCCCCCAGGACAAAAGCGUGGCGUUUUCAAGCCAGGGGACAGAGGGCGUGGCAGAGGAGGAAGAGGUGGGGGAAGAGGAUUUGGUGGCAGAGGUGGUGGAUUCAGAGGAGACCGUGGUGGUCGGGGAGGUUUCCGGGGUGGAAGAGGAGGGGACAGGGGUGGAAGGGGAGGAGACAGGGGUGGAGGGUAUCGAGGUAGAGGCAGUGGGGGAGGAGACAGGGGUGGGGGUGGAUAUAAAGGAGGGGGAGGAGGAUUUGGAGGUGGUGGUGGUUUCAAUUCUAGAAAGACAUUUGACUGAAACAUUUGUUAUACAUUGUCUCUCAGUGAAAACAAAACAUUUUAAGAUAUGCCCUGUGUACAUAGAAGAUGAGGUGUGGACAAUGUUUCAUUUAUAUGAACGAAAAAGAUUUGGCAUUUUCUCCUCGCAAGGAAAUAACAUGGGCAUCAUAUUGGAAGAUGGACCAGGAUGAAGCGUAUAACACUGGUACUUGGUAGUGAAUGUGACAGUGUGAUGUUUGCAAUAUGGCCGCCAAUGGUUGGAGAUAUGUUUUAUCAGCAGGGUUUCUGCCAGUGGGUAAAAUGAGUAUGUUGCCAUACCCAAUUUGUUUCGCAGGUUUUAAUUUGUUUUAAGUUAACCUUUUGACAAAAUUGAUCAAUCUUAUCAUUACUGUAUGAUUUUUUAAAAACUUGAACCCUAUAUUUAACCCAUUUCUUUUCUGGGAAAGUCCCCUGCAAUUUGCUUGGCAGUUGAUAAUUAAAGGUUCAGUACGCAGGCUGCCAAUACAUACAUGAAAAGUAAUAAAACUGCAUGGUGCUGAAAGUACAGGAACUGGGGUCUCACUAAACCGUUUACUUCUUGCCAGAGGUGCAUCAUAGAUUCUACUUGUGAGAAGUGUUCUGCUGUACAGAUACACUUGAGAAACAUUGUAAAUGAUUUUCUGUUUUAAAAACAAGUCAUUUGUCUACAUAUAGUUUUUAGUCUGUGGAUCAUGAAAGAAAUGAAAAGUUAAUAUGGAACAUCUUUAAGGAGCACCCUACAAUAAUCUUUUCAGAUAUGCCCAUCUACAUCAAUCUGUAGUAUAAACUCCUGUUGAUGAGAAAGUAUGUAUAAAAAGUUUGCUGUUUUUUGUAAUAUCGACUUGGCCUAUGUGACGGCAGCAUGUUUUCACUCACACCAUUGUCAAAAUAAGCAAAUGUUUGACACCAAAUAGCCAUCAUUUCUAAUGUACAGAGGUGUCGUUAAAUAAAUAUUCCUUUCCUUUCCAUAUGCACCUGCAUAAAUUUUACCCAAAUUCUCUUUUUGACGAGAGAAGAAUCCAAUCUUGAAUAGAUGCUGGAAUCUUGAACACAAGUCUGUUUACCAGUACAUUUGAAGCCCUUUAUUGUACACAAGAGUAACAUCAAUGUACAUAAGUAUUGUUAUUUUCAUUAAACAAACGUGUCCCAAAUAAUAGAAGCUGGGUCUUCAAUAGUACCUGGGUCAGUCAUACAUCAGAAAUAUUAGAAGCCAUUGGCCUUGUAAUCAAGAAUAAUGAACUCCCAUUAAAAACUCAAAAGAAGAAGGAAAAAACCCCAACCUUUUAACCGAUUUCGUAGCAAUAAAUAACCCAACAAGUGUAUUCAAGAGUUAUUGUGUGUCUUACAGCAAUUUAACAUGUGCGAUAAAAAUAACGAGUGAAAAUUGGGUGGUGCGUUUUCAAUUGGAGUUCAGUAUGUAAUUUUUUUUUUAUAAUAAUAAAAAAUAAAUAAAUAAAUAACAAUUCUUAUAGAAGUUUUAUUGCUUUUUUACGUAAUUUGUAUUGUACAUCUGUUGGCAUUCACAGCUUGUCAGGAAUAUGACAUAAACUGGCACCGUAAAUAUAAAUAAAUCAUGUUAAUGAA